UCCCUAUAUUUGGUGAGAAUUACAAUGGAAGGAAGCAAGUCGGUCCUGCUCUUGAUGGUGAUCCUGGGAAGUUUGAUGGUUCCUGCACACUCUCGGAACGUUGUUCGUUUUUGCAAAUGUCAAAAACAGACCUGCAACAUGGGAGCACUAUUCGACGCUGUUUGUUACUGCUGUCCAGGCGGCAGUUGUUAUUCGACGAUGCAGGAUUGCGCACCAGCUUGCCGCUGCGACAAGCUUUCGCACGCCCCACUAAAUGUAAGGGAUCAUGAAUCGGUCCUGUGAUUUAUUGCAAAGAAAUAAAUGAAAAAAGCGGUGGCAUUUGUUGA